AUGUUAGAUGUUGUAAAAAAUCCACCUGGUUAUGAUGCAUUUAUUAAAUGGAAGAAAAAGUAUGGCAAUAUUUAUACUUAUUGGUUUGGAAGUCAACAUGUUAUAGCAAUUUGUGAUUAUGAUUUAAUGGUUUCAACAUUUGUUAAAGAUGGUGAUAAUUUUAGUGGAAGAAAUACAUUUCAUUUGAUGGAUGAAGAUGUUCGUGGUGGUGAAAAUUAUGGUCUACUAGUUUCUGAUGGAUGGCAAUGGAGGGAACAAAGAAGAUUUACCAUACAUACCUUUAGAAAUUUUGGAAUGGGAAAAAAUUUGAUGGAAGAAAGAAUCUUAAAUGAAAUUGUCUUUCUUUUUAAUGAUAUUGAAAAAACAAAUAACAUGAAUGAUAUAUUUUUAAUGAGAAACAUUGAUUUUUGUGUUGCUUCAAUUAUUAAUAGUUUAUUAUUAGGAUAUAGAUUUGAUGGUGGAGCAAACAAUAAAGAAUAUAUAAGAUUAAAAAUAUUGACAGAAAAUCAUACAAAAUUAAUGUCUUCUGGUAUUGUUGCAACACUUCUUUCUGGACCAAGAUUUUUAAAAUAUUUACCAAUUUUUAAUAGUGUAUAUAAAAAGAUUAUUCAAAAUAAAGAUCAAAUGUUUUCUUUUAUUGAAAAACAAAUAGAAAAAAAUAUGAAAAAUGUUGAUCAUUUUGGAGAACCUACUAACUAUGUGGAGGCUUACUUAAAAGAAAUGCAUAAUAGAAAAAAUGAGAAUAGUUCAUUUUCAAUGAAUCAAUUAAAAAAUGUAAUUAUGGAUUUAAGGACAGCUGGUACAGAUACAACAUCAAAUACAAUUUCUUGGGGAAUUGCUUAUAUAUUACAUAACCCGGAAGUUCAAGAAAAAAUUCAUGAAGAAUUUGAUAACAUAAUAAAUUCUGAUCGUUUGAUAACUAUAAAAGACAAAGACAGUCUAAAAUAUACAAGUGCUGUGGUAAAUGAAACACAAAGAAUGGCUAAUUUAAUUCCACAAAAUGUUUUACAUAGAACAUAUAAAGAUACCAUGGUAAAUAAUAUAUUUAUUCCAAAAGGAUCAUGUGUAAUACCACAAAUAUCAACAUUAUUAUAUGAUGAAAAAAUAUUUCCUGAUCCAUAUAAAUUUAAUCCAGAUAGAUGGUUAGAUGAAAAUAAAAAUCUUAAAAAAGUAGAACAAUUUAUUCCAUUUUCAUUAGGUAAACGUCAAUGUCUUGGAGAAAGCCUAGCUAAAAUGGAACUUUUUUUAAUAAUAGCAAAUAUUUUUAAUCGAUAUAAAAUAGAUGUACCAGAAUCUAAAAAAUUUCCCUCAUUACACAAACAAAUGAGUUUUACUGUUUGCCCAGAACCAUAUAAUGUAUCAUUAAAAUUAAGAUUAUGA